UGAGCAAGUAAUUGAAGUGCUACAUAAAAACGGAGCAAAUGUGAACGAUCAAAAUAGCGCAGAAGAAACUGCCUUGUAUGUGGCUUUGAGUAGAGUUGAGUUUUUGCUUAAGAAUGGCUUGGAUGUUAAUUUAAAAACCAACAAAGUAUGGUCAAUAAUACAUGAUGACGACAUUUAUCACGCUCAUGAGCGAAUUUUGGUAUUGUUGCUUAAAAAUAAAGCAAAUGCUAAUCUUCAGAACAAUAUGGGCAAAACACCUUUAUAUGUUGCUAUUUCUGCUGCUGGUCUUAGCUGUAAGAUUGCCUCCAAUGAUGGAACAAAUGAAGAUUCAGGAUUUGGGGAUGCCAUUGAACUGUUGAUCCGAAAUGGUGCCGGUGUCAACAUACCAAAUCAAGAUGGUUGGUCACCACUACAUCAGGCCAUUGAAGACGGUUGUGAAAAGAUAGUGGAAAUUUUACUGAGACACGGUGCCAAUGUCAACAUGAAAAAUAAAAACAAUGACACAGCAAACGAUCUUGCCAAUCGAAAUGGAAAUAGGAAAAUCAUUGAACUUCUUAGUACCGUUCAUCCAAUGCGGCCAUCAGAAAAUGCCUGUCUACAAUAUUCAACGGAUCGUAUUUUAACUGGAGAAUUGGUCCCAGACGAUGAAAAGCCAUGGAUUUUUGUAUUUGCAAAACAACAUUUUGAGAAUCGAAUUUUAAAUGGUGAAUUGGCCGAAAAUAAUGAAUUCCCCUGGAUGGCAGCAUUGGUCUAUUUCAACGAGGAUUAUAAGGUGUCCUUCGAUUGUGGUGGCACAAUCAUUUCGAACAAAUUUGUGCUGACGGCAGCACACUGUGUGACGAGUCGAAGACGACCGAUUUUGGUUCGUAUUGGAAAGGUGUCAUUGAGAAACGGAAAUAAUGACGUAAUUAAAGCAACUAAUCAUCACAUUGAGGAGAUCAUCUCCAAUCCUCGUUAUAAUAGUCUCAAGAAAGUGAAUGACAUUUCUUUGAUUCGGGUAAAAAACACAAUUCAAUUUUCAAUUUACAUUAAGCCAGCUUGUUUACAAACAAAUUUGGAUGACAUACCAUCGCAUGUGAAACUCACUGUAACUGGCUGGGGUACUACAUCAGCUGAACGAAAUGUGCAAUCAGACACCCUGCUUAAAACGAAUUUGAUUACUAUGACACUGUCGGAAUGCAACUCAACAAUGAUGGAAUGGAAUCGUGUGCCAAAUUUGCCACCCUAUCGAAAUGGUCUAAUUGAAGGACAGUAUUGUGCACACGAUCCAAAAGGAAAAAAUGACAGUUGCUAUGGAGACAGUGGUGGGCCGUUGCAAUAUUUUCCCAACAAUAAAACAUCCGUGGCCACGGUGGUUGGCAUUGUAUCGUUUGGUCAAAGCUGCGGCAUUCUUUUACCAAGCAUUUACACUAGAGUUGCGUACUACUUGGACUGGAUCGAAGGAAUCGUUUGGCCCAAUGUAUAAGACACCAAAUGAUUUGAAUUUACAUUAGCAUUUACAUGAACGAAAACACAUUUAAUGAAUAAUUUUUUUAAAUUCUUUUACUCAUUCAGCCAAAUGUAUAUGAUUUUGAUAUGAACAUUUUUGUUAAAUUGAAUAAAGUUAUGAGAAUAAUUUUAUUGAAUUCAA